AUGGCUCAAACUAUUGCCGAUAGUCAAUAUGCAAAGAAGGCGUCGAAAUAUAUAGAGAUUUUAAAUCAAUUGCGUCGUAUUGGCGCACAUUUUACUGUUAAUUUGCCUACAAUUGUUUUUUGUGGCAAUCAAUCUGCUGGAAAAAGUUCGUUGCUCGAAGCAAUUUCUGGCGUUGCGUUACCAAGAUCUGAUGGAACAUGUACUCGUUGCGUCAUGGAAUUGCAACUAAUCGAGUCUGAAGAACCAUGGGAGUGUCAAAUUUCUUUGCGUCACGAAUAUGAUGAAGAUGGUAAACCUCUUCUUCGUCCAAACGAGACGAAAUUCGGGGCUAAAAUAUAUAACCCUAAAGAUGUUGAGCUUAUGGCUCGUAGGGCACAAAAGGCUUUACUCAACUCUUCAGAUAGUAUUGAUCGGUAUCUUGAUUGGAAUUUUGAUAUAACUCGUUGCAAUGGAGACUCGGAUUCUAACAGUCUUAAAUUUACCAAGAACAUUGUUUGUUUGGAGAUAAAAGGAAAUAAUGUGCCAAAUCUGAGUUUAAUAGACUUGCCCGGCAUUAUUCGCCAUACCGAAAAAAUCGAAGACAGAAAGUUCAUUCAAUUAGUUUUAGAUCUCGUAAACAGUUAUAUUGAGAGAGAAAAAUCCAUCAUUAUUGCAACCAUUUCGUGCAAAGAUGAGAUUGAUAAUCAAGAGAUAAUUUCUCUCGCGAAAAUAGUGGAUCCGUCGGGGUCUCGUACUCUUGGUGUUCUUACCAAGCCUGAUAUAAUUGAACCAGGUACUCACGAGCCAUGGCUAAGAAUUAUAAGAGGCGAAGCCCAUAAACUUUCCUUAGGAUAUUAUAUUGUUAAAAAUCCAAAUAAGAAACGUUUAAUGGAAAACAUAACUCUUAGGGAAGCCAGAGAAGAAGAGAUUGAUUUUUUUAAAAAUGAAAUGCCGUGGAAAGAUUAUCGUAAUCACCUUAGCGAACUCAUUGGUAUUGAGAAAUUACAACAAAAACUUUCGGAUUUGUUAAUUAAAGCCAUAAUAAAUGAUCUACCAGAAAUUAGCAAAGAAAUUCAAAAGAAUUUGGAUAAAACACGCAGAGAACUAGACAAAAUUCCGGAACCCUCCAGUAAAACCCCAAGAAUGGAGUUAUAUCACCUGAUCAAAGAAUAUACUGCCAUAAUCAAUGAAGAAGUAGCAUGUUCAAGAGAUAAUAAUGAACUUUGGAAUUAUAUUAAUAACGAAUUCGAGAAAUUUAAAAAAAGUCUCCGUUCUUCGCUACCAAUUUUCUCAUUCAGCAAGAAGAAAUCAAGAGAAACUGUGAAGUUUAGUAUAUUUGGGACGUACAUUAAUGUGCCUGAACAAGAACAGAGUUCGUCCAUUGGGUCUGAAGAAUUCUCUAUGACCAAAAUUACUGAUCGAAUCAGUUGUUCCCGCGGUAGAUUACUCCCCGGGUUCGUUCCGUAUUCGGUAGUGAUGAAAUUGAUCCGGGAUAGUAAAAGAAAAUGGAAAACCUUGUCUCACGAAUGUCUAUUUCAAGUAUAUGAAAUUAUGGCAGAUUUUAUGAAAAGAGUACUGGAUGAA